CCCGCCAUGGCGGAGGAGCAGCGGUUCCGCUCGGCCUGUGGGGCGCCCAUCGCACUGCGGCGCCGCCAGCACAGCGCGUCCUGCCGGGAGCUGGCCGUGCGCGGGCCCCGCCUGCAGCUCCGCUCGCUCAGCGCCGCCACCUCCGCCGUCUGGCUGGCGGCCUACGGGCUGUUCGCGCUAAGCGAGAAUAGUGUGGUGCUUUCUGCCGCAAUCUUCAUCUCACUGAUUGGCCUGAUCAUAUACCUGCACUUCGUCAAAAUUGACCAGGAAUCCCUGCUGGUCAUUGGCUCACUCGGCAUUCAGGUGACUUCAUCCUACGCUUCAGGAAAAGAGAGCACAACCUUCAUUGAGAUGGGUCAGGUGAAGGAUGUGGUUAUCAACGAAGCCAUCCAUAUGCAAAAAGUUAUCUACUACCUGUGUAUCCUCCUCCAGGACCCUGAAGAUCCUCAGGGAGUAUCUGAGGUUGUGCCACUCUUUCAGAGCUCCAAGCCGCGUCUGGACUGCUUGAUAGAAGUGUAUAAAAGUUGUCAAGAAAUCCUGGAGCAGAGGAAGACAGCUCCACAAUCAAGUGGAAUAAAAUAGCUGAAAAAAACCCCAAACAAGGGAGCAGACUUCCAGCAGAACUCAGAGGGACCCAUGGAAAAGCAAGCAAAACCACCCCAUGCCUUUCAUUUAUUAGAUGAGUAGAAAGUGGUGCAGUGAUGUUAGGGCUAAAGGCCUGCACAGCUUCAUAGAAUUGUUAGAGAAAAUGUCAGCUCAAGCACAGAAGUGAACCUUGAAAUCCUCUGCUAUGAAGACAAGUGAGCAGAACUUUUUAGGCUUAGGCAGAAAAGAAUUACGGAGAAAUGGGGCAGAGGGCGACAAAAAAAUGCAUUGAUUGUUUACUUUUUUGUGCAUCUGAAAAUUAUGCUAAAAUCAUAAUGUAACUUUGGCUGGACUGCCAAAAAGAUGCAUUCUUUGGUUCCUAUUUAACCCUUUGUUUGAAAAAACCACUCUAAAUACCAAAGCUGUUGUGUAGGCUGGGAUGGCAAAUUACCGAUCACAGGAGAAUUUCAUAAGGACAGUUACAGAAAAUGAAAACAUACUGUUGCAUUCAGUUAUGUUUAAUGAAAUAAACAUAAAAGAGCAGACUUACCUCUUCAGGGAUCUGCUUGAAAGAGUCCCAUGGGAUGGGGUCCUAGAGGCAAGAGAGGUCCAAGAAAGCUGACUGAUAAUUAAAGAUCAUUUCUUCUAAGCUCAAGAACAAUCCAUCCCAAAGAGCAGGAAGUCGAGCAGAAAUGCCAGGAAGCCUGCAUGGAUGAACAAGUUGCUCCUGGCAAAACUUGAACACAAAAAGGAAGUAUACAGAAUGUGGAAUUAGGGACAGGUAACUUAGGAGGAAUACAGCAACACUAUUCAAGAUGUGGUUAGGACAGUUAAAGACUGUCUGGGGAUGAAUCUGUUGAGGGAUGUCAAAAGCAACAAGGAUGGCUUCAGUAAGUACUUAAGUAUCAAAAGGAAUACAGGGAAAAUGUGAACCCAUUGCUGAAUGGGGCAGGGACCUGGUGACACAGAACAUGGAAAAGAUGUGGCAUUAAAAGGGCCACAUCAAUUACUCCAAGAAUAUGAGGCAGCUUGGAGGCAGAUGUGUUGUUGAAAAUCAUGGUAAUGACAAUGUGAAUAAAGCUUUAUUGAUCUGUGCUCUUGGGAGUAACUUAAACUUGGGAAAUUCUUCUUUGUUGAUAAGCUAAAAGUCACUGUAACCCUUAACUGGUAUUCUUCUCUCUUUUUUUUUUUUUUUUCCCAUGACUCCUUAGAAAUAUAACUGAGCUAAACCCACAAGUUGGCAGGAGCCUGGGGUCAUGCUUCAUUUGCA